GACGGAGACAUGCAUCUACUGUUACCAGACUAUCAUCCUAACAUUACCCCCUUUGUUUGGAAUCCUUGUCUAUGGUGUGUCGCUAUCAACCUGUUCUUGCAGAUGAGAACAGGUACUAAAUGCGCAGUCGUGGCGGGGGACUGCUUCUGUCAUGACGCGCAACGAGGCACAAUGCGGCACAAUAAGGCACAAUAAAUCAAAUAUUUCAAAUUGUCUUCCAUCACAAACCAAUUCAACAAUCCGCAUUCCCCAGCAAUUUUUUGCCUUGGUUUUCUAUUUCAUAUCUGACAACAUGAACCUGCUAUUUGCCUCGCUUGCAGCCAUCGUAAGCUUCGUCUGGUUCUUGCACUACGUAUUUGGAGUAAAGCGCGAUUCCAAAGAACCACCAUACAUUGAUCCAAAAUUCCCAAUCAUUGGACAUGCUGUGGGACUACUUCGGGAGAAGUAUGGAUAUUACAUCGCACUUAGUGAAAAGUACAAGUUGCGUAUCUUUGGUCUUGCCAUACCUGGUAUGCCUGGUGGUCGAGUCUACAUUAUCAACUCACCCGAACUUGUUCUUGCUGUCCAAAGACAAUCUAAGCAGCUCUCAUUCUGGCACGUCGAAGCAACUUUCACCGUGGGCAUGGCGGGGUUGAGCCCGCAUGCAGCGAAGAUAGUCACACAUAAUGUGAACGGCGAAGAAGAGGGAACGAGUUUUUUCAAGUCGGGCAUGACGCUUCAACAUCAAGAGAUGCAACCGGGUGAACACCUGUUGAACAUUACCAGGGAUGGUACUCAGAAGCUCGCACGUACUGUUUCGAGACUAGAAGAAAUAACUAGGAUUGAUCUCAAUCAAUGGAUUGUUGACACGAUCAUGGACUCCGUAACGGGUAGUUUCUAUGGCCCUAGAAACCCAUACAAAGACCCGGAAAUAUCAAAAGCGUUCAGAGACUUUGAGGACAAUGCUGUUGGACUCAUUUCCUUUCCUUUGCCAAAAGUCACAUGUCGAAAAGCGUACCAAGGUCGCGAAAAGAUGGUCGAUGCAUUUCUCAAGUAUUAUGCGGAUGAAGGUACCAAAACGGCGUCUCACAUUGUCCAAUCUCAGGACAGAGUUGCUACCACUUCUGGAAUCUCACUCCUCGAUAGAGCUCGUAUUGACGCUGUUAGUGGGCACGCCAUCUUAGCCAACACAACCCCCACGGCAUUCUGGACUGUCUUCCAUCUUCUCUCAGACCCCAAACUUGUGGAGGAGGUACGAAACGCAGUGGAGCCGUUUGUUAAAACUUCAGAGAAAAACGGACAUCUUUCUCGCGAGAUGGAUAUCAGUAAGAUCAGGGAUGUGCCUAUCAUCAGAUCUAUUCUGCACGAAUCGCUGCGACAUUAUGCGGAUGGUACCGGAACACGAAUCGUGCUUCAAGACACCAUGCUUGACGAUAAAUAUCUAUUGAAGAAAGAUUCAUUCAUCUUUAUGCCGAAUCGAGCUUACCAUUUUGAUGAAUCAUCCUGGGGAACAGAUGUUGACAAUUUCGAUGCUCAUCGUUUUAUGAAAAGUAAACCAUAUCAACCAGGUGCAUUCCGAGGCUUUGGUGGCGGAAUUAAUCUAUGUCCAGGGAGGUUUUAUGCCAUGAAUGAGAUAUCGUUUCUAUGCUCAAUGCUAGUUUUGCGUUAUGAUGUCAAGCCGGUUGGUGGGGCAUGGAUUCAUCCAGGAGCUGAUAGUAGCAACUUGUCCCUAAUCAUCAAUCCUCCAAUCAAGAAAGUACUGGUGGACUUCAAACCCAGAGCGGGAUGGGCUGGUGGCGAUUGGUCUUUCACGCUUUAAAUGUUACCUCAAGGGUGUAUAGUAAGACACGAAGUACACAAAUCUCCACCGGCUGUGUGUGUGGUCUUUAAACUAGGAAAAUAUAUUCAUGCAGAAUCAGAAUCAUUCUUUUAAGAACCAUCAGGUAGUAUUUGUAAGCGUGCUAUAUCAAAUUGCUACUAAAAUCUGAGUAAGAUAAGUGUAUUUUUGUAUUUA